AUGAAAAGUAUCGGGCAGUCCGCGGAGUCCACGGCUGCAAUAAGACGGCUCUUUGCUUUCAUUGAGUCGCGCUAUGGAGGGCUACCUAUGGACUCCGGCUUGAUGGCUGAUGUGAUCACCAGCGACAAGCUCUGCGAGAGAGAUCUUGUUCGGCUCGUGAAACAUGAGGCUACCGCUUUGCACAUCAAAGGCUUUUAUCACACAGAGGCAGCUAAGAAACUAGGAUCGUCGCUAGCUGCUGAAGCAUCCCACGGUAAAGGGAAGAACUGGAGAGUCAGCACCAGUCGAGGCCUGGAGUCGUCGGAUGUGUUUACGCUGGGAGAGCACGCUCCAUUCAACAUCGCCUCUGCUCGCGGGAAUUCUUCGGAUCAGGACGAGUAUUUUACUGGAGUCUUGCGUGAAUUGCAUCAGCGGAGGAGGUCCAGGGACGAUGGCAUGCAGCUAUGGCCUCUUGACCUUCUUCGUCUCGAGCUCGACGAGGCCUGGCCUGCUGGUGCUGGAUUGGCACGAGAAACAUCGGGAGAGAAACGGCCUUUUUCGGGAGGUUUGCCACGAGUGAUGAAAGGCCCUACCAGAUGGUCUAAAGGAUUUAUUCAUGUGGACGAAAUGGGGCCCCUGGAUAGCUCAAAGGGACUGUUUAGUGCGAAUAUAUAUUUGCAAUUACCUAGCGAUGAAGUGACUGAAGCCCAGAGAGUGUUGGAUAUCUGGCCAAUGGGUAUCCGGUCGCGAUGGGAUUGGUACCGAAAUGCCUUACUGCUUACUGGGCUCUCCUCGCAAGAUGCUGAGGCCCAGAUGCGGCUUCGUAAGCAGCUCGGUCCUCCUGCGUCGAUCACCGUGGAACCGGGCGAUCUCGUUUUGCUAUGCGUCCAACGUCCACACUGUGCUGUUGGCUUCCAGACAGGCACGCGUGUUUCGCUGCAAUGCUUCCUGCAGUUCAACGGUAUUUCGGAAAGGUUGCUCGUCGACAGCUAG